UCUCAGGUUGCUCCAGCGCCCCCUCCUACAGCCCCACGCUCCCUCCCACCGCCCAGACCUAUAUAAAUUCAGCUCUCCAGAGCCCAGGCCAGUUCUCUUCCUGGACGGAGCUCAGGGCUGAAGAUGGUUCCGCUCCUGUCCUUGCUGGCUCUGCUGCUGCUGCUGUGCGAUCUUAACCCUGCAAACGCCAACAAUUACUAUGACAAGGUCCUGGCUCACAGCCGCAUCAGGGGUCGGGAUCAGGGCCCAAAUGUCUGUGCCCUCCAGCAGAUUCUGGGCACCAAAAAGAAAUACUUCAGCUCGUGUAAGAACUGGUACCAAGGUGCUAUCUGUGGAAAGAAAACCACUGUGAUAUAUGAAUGCUGUCCUGGCUAUAUGAGAAUGGAAGGGAUGAAAGGCUGUCCAGCAGUGAUGCCAAUUGACCAUGUUUAUGGCACGCUGGGCAUUGUGGGAGCCACUACCACUCAGCACUAUUCCGAUGUCUCAAAACUGAGAGAAGAGAUUGAAGGAAAGGGGUCGUACACCUACUUUGCACCAAGUAACGAGGCUUGGGAGAACCUGGAUUCUGAUAUUCGCAGAGGACUAGAGAACAAUGUCAAUGUUGAGUUACUGAAUGCUUUACAUAGCCACAUGGUUAAUAAGAGAAUGUUAACCAAGGACCUGAAGCAUGGCAUGGUGAUUCCUUCAAUGUACAACAAUCUGGGGCUUUUUAUUAACCACUAUCCCAAUGGGGUUGUCACUGUAAACUGUGCGCGAGUCAUCCAUGGGAACCAGAUUGCCACAAAUGGUGUUGUCCACGUCAUUGAUCGAGUCCUGACGCAAAUAGGUACCUCCAUCCAAGACUUCCUCGAAGCAGAAGACGACCUUUCAUCAUUCAGAGCUGCUGCCAUCACCUCCGACUUAUUGGAGUCCCUUGGAAGAGACGGUCACUUCACACUCUUUGCUCCCACCAAUGAAGCGUUUGAGAAACUCCCACGGGGAGUUCUAGAAAGGAUCAUGGGAGACAAAGUGGCUUCUGAAGCUCUCUUGAAGUACCACAUCCUAAAUACUCUCCAGUGUUCUGAGGCUAUUACAGGAGGAGCCGUGUUCGAGACCAUGGAAGGAAACACAAUAGAGAUAGGAUGUGAAGGGGACAGCAUCUCCAUUAAUGGAAUUAAGAUGGUGAACAAGAAAGACAUUGUGACUAAGAAUGGUGUCAUCCACCUGAUUGACGAAGUGCUCAUCCCUGAUUCUGCCAAACAAGUCAUUGAGCUGGCUGGAAAACAGCAAACCACUUUCACAGACCUGGUGGCCCAGCUGGGCUUGGCGUCCUCUCUGAAGCCAGAUGGGGAAUACACUUUGUUAGCACCUGUGAACAACGCGUUCUCUGAUGACACUCUGAGCAUGGAUCAGCGCCUCCUUAAGCUAAUUCUACAAAAUCACAUAUUGAAAGUUAAGGUCGGCCUUAGUGACCUCUACAAUGGACAGAUACUGGAGACCAUUGGAGGCAAACAACUCAGAGUCUUUGUGUAUCGCACGGCCAUCUGCAUUGAGAACUCCUGCAUGGUGAGAGGAAGCAAGCAGGGAAGGAAUGGCGCAAUUCACAUAUUCCGAGAGAUCAUCCAACCAGCAGAGAAAUCCCUGCAUGAAAAACUGAGGCAGGAUAAGCGCUUUAGUAUCUUCCUCAGCCUCCUGGAAGCCGCAGAUUUGAAAGAUCUCCUAACACAGCCCGGAGACUGGACGCUGUUUGCUCCAACCAAUGAGGCCUUCAAGGGUAUGACAAAUGAAGAAAGAGAGAUUCUUAUUGGAAAUAAAAAUGCUCUCCAAAACAUCAUUCUUUAUCACCUGACGCCAGGGGUUUAUAUUGGAAAGGGCUUUGAACCUGGAGUCACUAACAUCCUGAAGUCUACACAGGGAAGCAAAAUCUACGUGAAAGGAGUAAAUGAGACGCUUCUGGUGAAUGAGUUGAAGUCCAAAGAAUCUGACAUCAUGACAACAAAUGGCGUCAUUCAUGUUGUGGACAAACUCCUCUAUCCAGCAGACAUCCCUGUUGGAAAUGAUCAGCUCUUGGAAUUACUGAACAAACUGAUAAAAUACAUCCAAAUCAAGUUUGUUCGUGGCAGCACCUUCAAAGAAAUCCCCAUGACCGUCUACACCACUAAAAUUAUAACCAAACUCGUGGAACCAAAAAUUAAAGUCAUUCAAGGCAGUCUUCAGCCUAUUACCAAAACUGAAGGACCUGCAAUGACCAAGAUCCAUAUUGAAGGUGAACCUGACUUCAGACUGAUUAAAGAAGGUGAAACAGUGACAGAAGUGAUCCAUGGAGAGCCAGUCAUUAAAAAGUACACCAAAAUCAUAGAUGGGGUCCCUGUUGAAAUAACUGAGAAACAGACCCGGGAAGAACGAAUCAUUACAGGUCCUGAGAUAAAAUACACCAGGAUUUCUACAGGAGGUGGAGGAACAGAGGAGACACUGCAGAAAUUCCUACAAGAAGAGGUCUCCAAGGUCACAAAGUUCAUUGAAGGUGGCGAUGGUCACUUAUUUGAAGAUGAGGAGAUUAAAAGACUGCUUCAGGGAGACACACCUGCAAAGAAGAUACAAAGCAACAAAAGGGUUCAAGGAUCUAGAAGACGAUCGAGGGAAGGCCGUUCUCAGUGAAAAUCCAAAGCCCAGACAACAGAGUUUUUAUAAUCCUAAAUCAACAAUCUGAUUUUAAGGGGAAAUUGUAAGAGCCACAUUGACUUCAGAAUCUGAAAUGCCAACAAGCAGAAACUAAUCUUCAAGCAAGGCUGAACACAGAUUUAAUUUCUUUGUUUCUGAAUGAGAAACAUAAGGAAAACAGUAGUUAGUCUCCUGUGGGGUAGGAACUGAAAGAAAUACAGAAACAUGCAGGGCUUUUAUUAUCUCCAUGAGGAAAGUUCUGAUUGGCUUAGGAAUCCACCAAAGAUCAUCCUAGUGGCCGGACCCAUUACAGCUACGUCUCUGCUCAGUGAGCUCUACCUCCUUGAGAAGAGAGAGGCUGAAUGUAGUUCAUGGACAAACCCAAAGCAUACAGUUACCUCUCCAUGGGAGGCGAGGCUCUCAAAGGGUGUUCAGUACACAACAAGCAAACCAACCAUGUUAUAACCAGUGACUCUACAUAUUUCUCAUGCAAUGUGGAUUUCCUGCUAAAUUUUGUUAUUUUUUCACUUGAUUUGUACUCUUGAGAUGUUUGUCAUAUGCUUCUUGUGAUACACAUGUUUUCUCUCAAACAUUUCAAUAAAACCAUUCUUCAGGUAUAAAGAGAAUUACUUCAGACUGGGUAAUUUAGGAAACUCAAAGUUUAAGUUAAAAAUUGAGUUUAGAAUUUGGAAUAGGACCCUAUAUCUUUUUAUUGUUAACAAGUACUCAA